CACGUACCGGCUUUUCAACAGUCGCGUCUCGUAGGCAUCACACGACCGACCUUCUCUCUCCGGCCCUCCAUAACACCAACCAACCCACCAACAUCAACAACAUAUGCAGCGGAAGGGGUGUGUGCGCUGGACGUUCUCUUCCUAUACUCCAUAAUCGCCCAACAACGCAGUCUCUGGGGUCCUCUCUGUCCUCUCCACAGCCGACAUCAUGGCGCUCAUCUCCGCCACGACCAUCAUCACCUCCCUCGCCCUCUUCCACCUCACAUUAGCAUUCUUCUUCCUCACCAGCCCGGCCACCAUCGCUGACCAGGCGCUUGUCUGGAUUCUGGGCGAGUCAAUGGGAAUGCCCACUACACGCUCCUUCGACACCAGAUCCCCGGGCCUCGCCUUCCUCUCCGUCAUGUUCGCGUUCAUUGGCCUCGGCGACCUGAUUUCCCUGACCAUGCCCGAGGAAAUCUCCCUCCUCUACCACUGGGGAACCCAAGCGCCCUUCCGACUCUUCUUCUCCCUCUGCCUCGUCCUCUACACCGUCUUCUUCGGUCCCUCCUCGCCGCUGUACCGCCCCGAUACCUCAAACUACUUGUCGCAUCCGUCCGCCCACGUGCCGAACCCGGGGUAUGCCGCUUCCGGCUGGGGUGGUGAUGGGCUCAAGAACAGGGUAUUCUUUACUUUUGCUUUCAUCGAGAUGAUCAGCUGGUUCUGGGUCUGGGUCACGCUCAGGGAGGAAAGGCCCGAGGUGGUGAGGCGGAGUUUGAAAGGCAGGAGGGGCAGUCAGGGGCGUAGCAACUAGACCAUGUGCUCCAGCAGGGGUAGGACAAACAUGCAGGCAUCGAACAUUUCACGAAUUCAUGAUAAUGGGAUAAGGCUAGCGUGGAGUAGGGCGGAUUCUGACGUGAAUAGGGCCAGAUUACAAGCUGCUAGACAGGAGAGAAGACAAAACGUAUGGGGGAAUAAGUCGUAUAGCGUCCCUUCCGAGUACCCGACACUCGGUUUUGGGCCAUUGGAUGGAUCAACCCCAUCAUCAUCGUAUGCUUUUUUUUUUCUUGCCGCCGUCCUUCUACCAUAUUUUAUUCCCACCUCACCAACUCCCAACCCUUGACGCCAACCCUCCAACUAUCCGCUAGUAUCCCCAUCGACUUGCCGAUCCUGUCGCCCACGAUACCCUGGAUCUCCUUGCUUAAAGAGUCUUCAGCUGUAGAACCGAGAGCCCACGCCUCGAUGCGACUCUCAAGGUUCCCGUUCGUCAUCUCCCUCUU